AUGACUAGGACAACAGAGUGCUGUUACGUGAAGCGCUGUAUGAAUUUUAGCAGGCUUCGACAGGAUUGCAAAUAUCAACUGUUCAAUUUUGUUUUUCUAGUGUUUAUGAGAAAAGACCAAGCACACGAGGUGCUGAAAGUCCGUAAACGUGCGAACUAUUUUCUAGAAGAGAUUCGUCCAGGGAACUUGGAGAGAGAAUGCAAUGAGGAAAAGUGUUCAUUUGAGGAGGCUAAGGAGAUCUUCCAUUCGCAGGAGAAAACAAUGGAGUUUUGGUUCAGUUACAAAGGUUUAAAUCCGUGUAGUACAAAUCCCUGUAACAAUGGUGGAGUCUGCAAAAUAAGACACUACAAUUCCUUUUGCAUCUGCCCCCCAAAAUUUGGAGGAGACAACUGUGAAAAAGAAAAGUUUGAAUGCUGGUAUAAGAACGGUGGGUGCUGGCAGUACUGCAGGGAUAGCAGCAGCGCCUUUCACGUGGUGUGUUCCUGCGCAAAGGAUUACGCCCUGCAUGAGGACGGGAAGAGAUGCGUGCAAGCAGCACGCUUUCCAUGUGGCCUGGUUAAAGCCAGGCAGGCUCUGGAGGAAGAGCAAAGGCUCCCGAGGGGACUGCGUGAGCACGGGGAUGAUGUGACCAAGUGGGAUGAGAGCACGGAGGGCACAGCGAGGCAAAGGGAGCUGGAACAAAGUGCCCUUGGGGAAAAUGAGACCCUAGAGGAUCCCCUGGGGCAGAGCAUGCACAUGGAGGGGAACACUGGACAAACUGAGGGGGCAGGAGAUGCUUCCAGCUGGAACAAGACACUGGUGGACCCUGUGAGCCCGAGGCUGCUGGAGGACGGUGGUGCUGGGCAGGAGGCGGGUGUCCCCGAGCAGGCUGAGGCAGUGGAGGGGACCACCAGGCCUGGCAACCCCAGGAGAGGUCCGGCUCCGUGGAGUGAGCCCACCCAGGGCCCUGCGUGGCAGAACGAGACCACAGCGCCUGCGGCCAGGCAGAAAGAAAUGGUGGAAAAUGCUGCUGGGCAAAACGAGACGGGGGAGGGCGGUGGCCAGAACAAAACCGUGCACCAUGGGCUUCAUCAGAGCAGGGACUGGGGAAAUGUUUCGGCCACGCCUCAGUUCAUCAGCUCUGCUUCAGAGCACGACGACUCCAGGAUAACAGGAGGAACUCUGUGUCAUCGUGGACAUUGCCCCUGGCAGGUUUUGAUCCGGAACAGUAAAGAUGUUGGUUUCUGUGGAGGGAGUUUAAUCAGCAGUCGCUGGGUGGUCACUGCUGCUCACUGCCUUGAUCUCGUCAGACCACACCACGUUACCGUAGGAGACUUUGACAAGUAUCAAAGAGAAUUCAAAGAACAGAAGAUUGCCGUGGAACGGAGCUGGACACAUCCACAUUAUGAUUCAAAUGACUACAACGGUGACAUCGCCUUGUUGUACUUGAGCAGUGAUGUUAUUUUUAAUGAGUAUGUAAUUCCUAUCUGCCUUCCAAGCCCCAACCUUGCCACCCUGCUAUCUGAAGAAGGAAGAAUAGGGAUGGUAAGUGGAUGGGGUGCCACUCACGAGAGAGGUUCAACUCUGCGCUUCCUCAUGAAAGUCCGGCUGCCCAUUGUAAACCUGGAGACCUGUCAGCGGUCAACGGACAGACUCAUCACUGAUAACAUGUUCUGCGCAGGUUACAGCACAAACGUUGCCGACGCCUGCAAAGGGGACAGCGGUGGCCCCUUCACAGUGUCUUACCACAACACUUGGUUUCUCUUGGGGAUUGUAAGCUGGGGUGAGGGCUGUGCUGAAAAAGGGAAAUACGGUGUAUACACCAGAGUAUCCAACUACAUCCCCUGGAUUAAAGAGGUGGUUGAAAGUGUAGCAGAUUCAGAAAACUUUACCAUUAACUUUUCUUAA